ACUGUCGCUGAUAGAAAAGAAAUACAUAGUAAUUUCAUCAUCAUCAUCUAGAAUUUAAGCAAUUUUGAUUUUCUUCGUGAAUUCUCAACAACUAAGAAGACUUCCAGAACAAAAUGGGAGAACCUGCAGAAGCUGUCUUGAAUCUUAUUCACGAGAUUAAAUUAGGAAAGUUAUCGGCUUCUUACGAAAUAACAGUGAAGAGCAUAGCUUUGUUUAAGGAGAUAAUUCAAGGAUCAGAUUGGAAAACUGCCGAAGACUUGAUGGUAUCCAUCAGACAACAAGCUAGGAUAUUUCAGUCGGCACUUCCGCAGGAGUCGGUUACUGCUAAUGUAGCUCGCCGAAUUCUCCGUAUUAUUCGAGACGAGUACCAUUCGGGUAAUACUGCGACUGUGCAGCAUCAGUACGAUGAUUCACAAGGUUCAUUGUCUUUGCACAAACUUGUGACACAGACAUCUGAGCACGAUAGCAUCAGAGAUUACUCUAAACCACAGCAGGGACUGAAAUCUGCACUACUUGAUCACUUGCAGGAAAUCGAAGUAGAACUAGAAACAAGUACAGACAACUUAUCGGCACAAGCUCCUGAGCACAUUCACUCACAAGAACUGAUAUUGACAUUGGGACACUCCCGAACGGUGGAUCUUUUUUUGAAAAAUGCUGCGAAAGAGCGCAAAUUUGAGGUAGUUGUCGCCGAAUGUGCGCCUAGUUGUCGUGGCCACCAACUGGCUACGUCACUAGCCAAGGCAAAAAUAGAAACGACUGUAAUACCCGAUUCGGCAAUUUUUGCCAUGAUGUCGCGCGUCAACAAAGUUAUCAUAGGAACGCAUGCAGUUUUGGCCAAUGGAGGUCUGAGAGCAGCAGCAGGUGCUUAUACUAUUGCGCUUGCCGCAAAACAUUAUUCCGUUCCUGUCAUCGUCCUUGUGCCAAUGUUUAAGCUGUCCCCUGUACAUUUAUGCAGCUACGAACAAGAUGCAUUUAAUUUGGUAGGAAAUUCCGAAGGUGUGAUCCCAUAUAAUUCAACAGCGGCUAGAUUUAGUAAGGCAUAUAGUCCAGUUUUUGAUUACGUGCCUCCUGAAUUGGUCACACUCUUUAUAUCAAAUGCUGGUGGAAAUGCGCCUUCGUAUGUUUAUCGUCUCUUGAGUGAAUUGUACCAUCCGGAUGAUUAUAUAUUGUAAAAUCAAAAUUAUUUUAACAUUUUAAUAAUGUGAAAACGAAAUGUACAUUUUUUUUUACAAUAUGUAUAAGAAAAAUAUACAAAGUUUUGCAAAAAUAAAUAAAUUUAGUAUCCAAACAGCCCUGAAUUCAGUCUAUGGAGACAUCUCUUAAAAAAAAUUAUUUAAAAAAAUAAU